CCUUAUGCUCUCUAUCAUUUGGUCUGGCUGGCACAUUGACUUGCUUCCUUUAAAUCCCUUUGUAAGGUUAUUGAGCUUGACACAACUGGCUGGUCUGGUCUGCCUCAGCUCAAGCUCAAGCUCUAGCUCCAGCUCAAGUCAGGUCAACUUCUAGGAAGACAGACACUAAAUCUCAAACCCCAACCCAGUUUUCAGACAGAACACAAAACUGAAGUAAGCAAGAUCAAGUGUUUCCAGCAUGGAAGCAGUGGCGGUGCAAGCUGGUGGACAAGCUGUUGGUUCACUGAUUACACCAGCAGUUGAAGGUGGAAAGGGUAUUUUCAACUGUUUGCGGCGCAAAUAUGCCUAUGUGAAGAAUAUACGAGAGAAUUUUGCCAAGCUUGAGAAGGAGGAACUAUAUUUGUCUAAUGAGGAUGCGGAUGUUAAAACAAAGUUGGAGAGAAACAAAUUAACAGAAGAAAAGACCAACAGAUGUGAAACCUGGCUCAAUGAGGUCGAAAAUAUGAAACAGGAGAUUAAAAAACUUAAGGUUGACUACAAAAACACCAGACCGUAUUUUUGCGGACUAUGUCCAUUUCCGAGUUUGCUAAAGCUUGGCAAGCGUAUUGUGAAGAAGACAACAGAGGUAGUUGAGCUGAGGAAUCAAAGAGGUCAAAUAACUAUAAUGCAUGAGAAGCCACCGGCACCACCGGUUCCCGUUAUAGAGAAGCAUGCUCGGAAAAAAAGUGAUGUGCCAUCAUUUGAUUCGCAUGUAGAAACACUGGCAGAGUGGUUAGAGGAUGAGAACUUGAAAAGAAUCUGCAUAUGGGGACCUCCGGGUGUAGGGAAGACCAAGAUAAUGGGAAUGUUGCAUGACAGGGUUGGUAAAUCUGGUAAAUUUGACAUCAUCUUUUGGGUGAAUGUAACAGCCAAAGGGAGAAUAAGAGACAUACAGGAUGAAAUAUGGAAGCGUUUAGAUAUGAAAGAAAACGGCAACUAUGUUGCUCAACAAAGAGCAAACAUGAUAUCCGAAAAGCUAAAGGACAAGAGCUAUGUAUUGUUUCUUGAUCUCGAUGACAUUGUCUCAGAGAUUGAUCUUAGAGAAGUUGGAAUUCAUGAUGAAAACGAGCAUGGAAAAGUGGUGUUUGCCUGCAGAUACAAGAACAACAAUAUCUGUGGAGGCACGGAUGAAGAGAUGAACGUGCAGGGAUUAUCGGACAAGGAUGCUGAAAGCUUUUUUUGGAAAAUGGUUGGUUCUGAUCUUAACAGUAAUCCCGAUAUCAAGCCAGUUGCGAAACUCAUCAUCAAAGAAUGUGGUGGCAUGCCGCUCUUGAUCAAGUUAAUUGGCAAUAGAUUGGCAAACGUAGAUGACCCUGCAAUAUGGCGAGAUUUGUUGUCCCAAUUAAGGUCACCGACUAUGGAACCGCAAGAACCACUGGAAGAAGUUUACAAGGCUUUUAAACUUGUCUAUGAAAAACUAUCAGAAGAUAUGAAGCCUUGUUUGCUGUAUUGGGCAGUGUUUCCUGCAGGUUACGAAAUUUUUCGAGACCAUAUAAUUGAUUGUUGGAGAGCCGAACAGUUCUUUUCAAGCCACAGAAAAUUUCCUAGGACACGUGACAGGGGGCAUGCAAUAUUAGAUGAAUUUGUGAGGAAGUCUUUACUAGAAAAGGGAAGAAAAUGGGGGCAUUUCAAGAUGUACGAGUAUUUUCAACGGGUGGCAUUAAGGAUAGCAAAUCUUGAAAAGAACUUAAAUUUUUUCGUCACCGAGGAUGAAAACAUUAUAGACGAAGAGUGGGAACGUGCAAGGAGAGUGUCACUUAUUCGGGUUCGCCUAUCUACUCUACCAAAAAGACCCCAAUGUUGUGGGAUCUUGACAUUGUUACUGCAGGAGAGUAGCUUGACCGAAUUUCCAAGGGAAUUCUUCGGCUAUAUGGAUGGCCUUCAAGUUCUGAACUUGCAUGAAAUACGAAUCACUUCACUUCCACCAUCGAUAUGCAGCUUAAGAAAUCUGAAAGGGCUGUUUAUAAACAACUGUAGUCAAUUAGUACAGCUUCCUUCUCAGAUCGGGGAUCUCCAGCAUCUCGAAAUCCUUGAUAUACGUCAGACCAGUCUCUAUAGUUUGCCCGUUGAGAUUGGAGAGUUGUUGAAUCUAAAAUGUUUGAGAGUUUCAUUCACAGAAGAUGUUGGCAACUACAACCCUGUCGAAGCAGCGAAGCCAAUGAUUCCUUCUAAAGUGAUUGGAAGGCUUUCUAAUUUAGAAGAACUAAGCAUUGAUGUGAGCCAUAGUAGCAGCAGAUAUCAAAAUGCUGCCGAAAUUAUCAGUGAAAUUUCUGAGUUGGCAAAGUUAACCACGCUUUGUUUCUUCUUCCCCGAGAUGGCAUCUUUCAACUCUUUCAUCCAGAAUAGCAAAUCAUGGAAAGGAUGCAAUACACUUUCAGCAGGCAGUAGCUUCAGAUCAUUCAACAUCGUUGUUGGUUGCCGGAGAAACAAUCGUGCUUCUGAAUUUAGAGUCUUCGAAUGUUCAGCCGAGAAGCAUCUGAGGUUUUAUGCGGGAAAUGAAUUUCCAAAUGCGAUUUUAGAGGUACUAAAGCAAGCCAAAGCGCUCGAACUGAUCGGUCACCAAACUGCUACCAGUUUAUCAGGCUUCAGAGCUGAUAACUUGCAAGGAGUGGAAGCAUGUAUUGUCGAGGAAUGUAACCAGAUGGAGAACAUCAUAGAUAGAGACCAAACAAGUAUUGCAUUUCAAGAAAAUGACAGCAUAGGUGUUGAAUUCGAACGCUUGAAAAGCCUAUACAUUUGCAAUCUUCCGAAACUAAAACGUAUCUGGCGGGGCUCGAUUGAAUCUAAAAGCCUCUGUGGCCUUACAACGCUCUCGUUAAAAGGAUGCAACAACAUAGGUAAGCUUUUUUCAGAGGGAAUGAUCAUACAACUCUCUCAGCUAGAAAAGCUGGAGGUGAAGGACUGCCGCCUCUUGACGGAGAUUAUCGAAGAUGGAAGUAUGGUCGAAUCGCACUCCUUUCCCAAGUUGAAGUAUUUGCAGCUCCAUGACUUGCCGGAAUUAUGCUCCAUUUCUCAUAUCUCCUUGGAAUGCCCUUCCUUGGAGACAGUAUUGAUCAAGCCGUGCAUGAAGCUAAGAAAUUUACCACACACAAUUAAAAAUGCAUCAAAACUAAAAACGAUUCACUGCACAGAAGAAUGGUGGAAUCAACAGGAUUGGCCAAAUGACACUAAUAAAGAUGAUUUCAAAAACUUCCUGAGUUUCAUAUGAUAAGAGGAGCCUCAACUAGGGACAAGACAUCCCAAGCAAAAGGCAUUAUUGAAGAGACGGUUGAAGAUUUAGUGAGAAUCAAGAGAGAUAUAAGCCCGGACCUGACCAUAUGCAGCUCUCAAGUAUUCUUAGCUGAGUUGGCUCAUGUGAUAGCCGAGACCCAGUGGGAAUUGGUCAUUGUUACAUUUUUUGUCCUUGAACUUCUUCUCCAAAGAUUUUUCAUAUGUAUGGAGAUUCACCCAGCCUUCAACCAAUGAGGUAAACUCUCUCCUCAUAAUCACACUCCUACCUCUCGAUGGUUUCUCGUUUUUUUUCCAUUUGGUAUUGGGUGUGAUUAGAAUAGGACUACCCCCUUCGUUUUGCAUGUUUUCCCUUCCUUUGUCUCAGCCAGUUACUAUGUUGCGCUUUAUCGAGUUGAAGAAACAUUGUGUGCAGCCUGCCAGAGUGGCAUUGUCUCCAACAGCGAGACAUUGAAUCCUUUUUAAGUUAAAGUCCUAUAACACGAAAAUAUGUGGUUAGCUAAGUUCGUGUUGAAUUUUCUCAAUGACUGUUCGUUUGUUUUUGAGUGAAUGCUAGGUUUUCUGUUAGUUCAUUGUAAUCACUUCGUGUGCAUUAAUGGCUGUAUUUCAGAAUUCUUUGGUUUUAAAUUUCUUGAUUCAUUCUUUGCAUGUUUGGAUGUGAGUAUGAAAAUGUGAUCGUCCAAAGACCCACCACCAGACGGUCUGCUUCCGGGAGCUGAUACAAAGGUUCCAUUUUCUGAAGCAGAUGCAGACUUGGCGGAUUGGGUCUGAAAGUUGAGAACCCUUGGGUUUUGAUUAUUAUUUGGGAAGGAUUUGAAUUUGCUA